AGGGCUUUUUCAGGCCUCUCAUGUCGUUCUUGUAGCCACGCUGCCCUUCGAUGAACAUUCAAUUACCCUCAGUGGCUUGGAAUUAGCGGUUUGAUUGGAGGUGGUUUGUUAUUUCCAGCGUCUUUCACGUCACUGAGUGUCAUCAUGUCCGCUCCCGCUUCCCAAGGCCCCCGUAAGAAGGUUGUGCACCAGCUUGAUACCCCUUUCUCUACUGUCCCAUGGCCCUCAAUCUUGACAGAAGAUCAAGACACCAUCCUCGAAUUGCUAUGCGACCUCUUGAGUCCGAUUGGACAGUAUCGUCAGACACAAAUCAAGAGAUCCAAGGGGAAGCGUUCAUUGCAAAAGGAGAAAGGGGCCAAGAAGACAGCCCAUGAUUCAGAACAACCUCCAGUGCCCCCAAUGCCCGAGAUAGAAGCCAGCAUCGAUGUCGGUCUUAACUCUAUUACUCGAAACCUGCAGUUGUGUUCGCGACAAGAUCCUGAAUCAAUGGGAGACGAACCCGACCGACAAUAUUCCAUGGUCUUUGUGGCGCGGGGCGAUCAUGCCUCAACAUUCAACUGCCAUUUCCCACAGAUGAUUGGGGCGGCAUCUAGGAAGAUUAGUCCCGAAAGGAAAAUUCGCCUGGUAGGCAUAUCUAGACCAUGCUCUGAACGCUUGAGUUCUUGUCUUGGAGUGCCAAGGGUCUCAUCCGUAGCUAUUUGUAUGGAUUCCCCAGGAGCUGGAGCUUUGCAGGAGUUUGUUAUGAAGAAAGUCGCGCCAAUAGAAGCCUCGUGGCUUGAUGUGUCUCCGGAUGCACAAUAUCUUACCCCAAAGAUUAAUGCUAUAGAAACAACGGUGGGACCCAAGCGAGCGCGUGUUGAAUAAGGUAGACAGAUAACCUAAGCAGGGGGGUAUGCAUGUAUCAUACAGUAAUUCGAAUCAUCUUAUUAGCCUCUCA